UUUGCCCCCGCGCAUCUAUGGACAUGGAGCGCUGCCAGUAUACGUACAAGACGUGCCCGCACCCGCGCUCAAAGAAGAAGAACGGCCAACUCCACUCUUUUUGCGAGUUCCACCGGACCAAAGCCAACGCCAUCCAAAAGGUCUACGCUGCUCGCAAGCGACUUCGUGACGCGGCCGAGUCGUGCCCGCUGCACCGAGCGCCGGUGUCCCCGAUCUUUGACCUUGACGACCUCGAAUUUCUGCGCGAGUGGCUCGACGACCACGACGGCGACGACACGAGGGGAACGUGCGACGAGCUGUCGUGGGACGAUGUGGUGACCUUGCUCGAUAGUAUUUAACUCUAAAAUGGUAGUUUUUUUGGAGUGGGUA